AUGUCGGCGAGGGAGAAGCCGGUCGUGCAGAUCUUCGAGCGGAAGAAGAGAAUAAUCGAGCAGUCGCGCCAACAGUGCCAUCUCUGGGAGCACCACCUUUACCCCAAACUCCUUCUCAAUGGAAUUCCUCCUCCUCCGUGGCUCUGCAACUCUUCCCUUCACGGUGAUCCUCAAGAGUUAAACAAAGAUGACCUCGUUUCUGAUGUUCUACUUUCGAAACCGCAAUAUAGAGUUCCUUUCCCUUGUGUAUUCAGUAAUCUGGAUUCUGUAUCCUAUGGUGUUCAAUAUCCAGUUGGUUUGCGUAAUGAACGUCGUGCCUUAGAAAAGGAGUGUAACGCGGGAGAUGGGGCUUAUACUUUGCCAGAUUGCUCCGUCAACAAUGUCAUAUGUGAAUCAAGUGGUACUCCGGAAUUGGAUUCAGGUGCUGUAUCACCACCCCAGAAUCAGAUUGAAGCAAGAGCCUUGGACAUUCACCACGACCCAGCUCUGUCUCUGGCAAAGUUGCAAAGGUCAAGGUCGAGGCAGAAGGCUCUGGAGCUACGUAAUAGUGCAAAAGCACACACACGAUUGGCAGAGAACCAUGGUGAUGAUGCUGUUUUCUGUGCUGGCACAGUUACAGGUGCUGCACCCUUGGCUCAACGGGAAGCACAUGUGAUGGAGUCAGAUGUGGUUAAAGAUUUUCAUUCCAAUAUCCAAAGUUGUUCCAUGGAAGAAAUGGAACCGCGUGUUGGUGUAACUAAUUGCUCUGGCCAGAUAAUGAAAUCUAAAAGCUCGUCUCAGAAGAAAUUCAACUAUUUGAAUGUUGAUAGUUCUUCUGUAGCAACGGAAGAUGGUCCUCCGCCGGAUAAUUUGAAUGAGUCGUUGGAGAUAGUCAACCAACCUUGUUUUGUAAAUGGAAGUUUUGGCGUCAAUGAAGCAUAUAAAAAAAGUGUGUACGAUGAGAGGUUAACAAAAUCUAGAAGUUCUAGCCAGGCCACCAGAUGUAACAGUGUAUUGUUGAAGCUUGACAGCACCUUGGGCAGUGGUAAAGGAGUUGAAAUCUGUGAUCUUAUGCAACCGUUUACAGAUGCUGGCCCAACAGAUGUUAGCAAAGUCUCUGAUUCUACCAAUGGAAGUGGGGUAAAUGCAGUUAAAGAAGGCAACUCCUGCAUCAACAAACAAAAAAGGAACAUUCAUGGUAUGAUAAACUUACAUCAAAGUUCCUGCCCAUCACCGGGGCAUCAUCUUUUGAUGACUGGUGGUUCUGUAAAGUCUAUUGAUAAAUCAACGCCAUAUCCUCAACCCUUAAUUUCACAGGAUCCUGUAGUGCCUUUUGUUGGGUCCUUCUGUCGUCAAAAAGAUCCCGACUUUUCUGCAGUAAAAAGAGGAUGUUCAAGUAGAAGUGGUUCUGGAAAGGUUGAAGAAGUAUUGAAGUCUUCCAGAUCCAAUAUCUGUGCACAAAGUGUUGCUUGCUCUAAAUCUGCUGGUAAGAAGUCUUGGAAUGCACAGCUUACCGAGCUGGAUGUUAGAAGGUUAUCUACAAGUCCAAAGUAUUCCAAAUUAGAUAUAGAAAUUGACAGGAAUUUUGCAGAGAAGGAGAACGUUGCAGCAAUGGAUGCUUCUGCAAAGACAAGGGGUGUGACUACUUGUUCAAAUGAAGGAUCAUUCAGGCCAGUGAGCUCUUCCAAUUUAGAUGGUGGGUCUUUACUUGCAGGAUCAGUAUACGGUGAAACAGUGGUGGAUGAAAAAGUCUUCGAUGCCCAGGAAAACAUACCAUCUGGUGCCAUCCCUAAUGAUAAUGUUCAGCACAGGUCUCCUGGAAUUGUUGGCGAAGUUGAUGAUGACUUUGAUGGAUUAGUUGAAAAAGAUACUUCUUGUGUUAGCCCUAUGUCUGUGAAACCAAAGCAACUUAAUUUUGAUGAUGUUGAAGAGACAAGUAUGAGUGGAAUCCGUAGUCCUGAUAUGAAAGAGGGACAACAGGGAGUGUCACCAGAAGAACAUUUGAACUCGUUGCAACCUUUGAAUUUACAUGAAGAGGAAAUUUCUCCUGUAUGUGAAAGUAAGCACAACUCUUCCAGGGAAAUGCCUUUGCUGCAAACGCAGGAAGUACUGACCAGAAAAGAGGGGCCACAUAUAGAAUACUGUGCAAGCCACAUUGAGGAGGAAGACAUAGCUAGGGCAACACUAAGUGCCGGGUCACCAAACAAAGAGAUACCUAUGGUUCAGAAUGAAUUCUGUGUUGUUACUUCUUCCUUGCUGAAUCAUGCAAGUCCUUCACUAGUUGCUGGUGAAAAUUCAAUAAGAAGUUUGUCAAAAGAAGACAUGCCACCCAAAUUUUUUUCAGUGAACAGUGAAGUAAAAAAUGGUGAAAGUAGUGCUAUGUUGGCAGAUUCUUCCUCUGAAGCAGUUACCGGAAAUAAUCUGCAAAAAUCCACAGAUGAAAAUGUUACAAAUUUCACGGUUAGGUUCCCAUUUUCUGCUCCUAUGGAUGAUGUGAAUGUUAGUUUGGUACAACAGGCCCCAUAUGGCAUGACCUUAAGUCAAGAUGGUGACUUGUUGCGGCAGACAUUGCUCAGCGAUGGAAAAAUUACCAGUUUUUCAGCUGACUUCCAGCUUUUCAGAAGUUUUACUUAUGAUGUAGGGCAUUCAUGUCCGCAGCAUAAAAGAAGGAAAAUUGAAAUUGAAACGGAUAAAAAUUCACCUGCCCCUUCAAACCUCUUGGAAAAGUCACGUGAUCCUAUUGACCAAAGGCCUGUAAGUAGAAGCUUGACUAUUGAAGAUAACCCGGAGGUUGCCGUUGGAGUUCAAUAUUUGACAUCUGACCAAGGGGAGGAUAUAGGACAUUGGUAUAUGAGUAACGGCCCAACAAAUGAAAUGCAAUACAAGGGGGAAUGCCAAACUGUGGAAGAGACUCCACCAAAAGAGAGCAAAGAAGAGAAACUUAUUGGGGACGGAAGAGACAGAAAAGAGGACACCCUUCUGUUGGCAGUGACAAAUCCAUCAGGUUUUGGUAUUUUCUCAACGAUGAGAUGCACGAUAGAUGAGAAAGUGGCGUCGUUGCAUCAUCAGGUUAAUUAUGGACAAGAAAGUGUAGAACAUGUCAGUUGUGUUGAAAAAAGCAGCUUCAUUAGAAGAAUUUUUCCAAAAGGAAAUGCUAAAUUCUCAAAUGGUAUGUCUGCUUCUCCAGGAAUACAAUGCUUGGAUUUGGUUGGUACAGAUGAGGCUUUACCAGAGUUUGAAGGGUUCAUUAUUCAAACAGAUAAUGCACAGCCUUUCAUUGCUGGAGAUGAAAUGGAAUUGGAAACGACGAAUCUUUCAAGUAACUCAAAAGACAAUACAUCGCUUGGUAAAUCUAGGUUUAUGCAUUCUCCAUUGUGCAAUUCCUUAACAUCAUAUAAGACGCAUAACAUACCGGAGCUCUAUCAGUCUUUACCUAAUGGACUUCUGGAGGGCUUAGGUAUUAGCAGUUCCCUUCCUCUAAGCGAUGUGAGCCCAAGGUCACUUUCUGAUUACCAACCAAAUUGCAAGGGUCAGUAUACUUCAUCAGUUCAAACCCUUUGGGAUCGAAUUAAUUCAAACUUUGGCAGUUCAGGAAAGCGUAAGAGUUUAAAACUGGACCUUCCAUGCAUUACUGAAGAAAAUGAAAAUGUGGAUGAGAUUGCUAGUACAUUCCAAAAGGGUAUUGAUUCCGAAGGAAUGGCUGGCUCAAAUAAAAGAGAACCACUAGCUGAGAUCGUAGACAAUGCAAACUCUUCUACAUCGGUUUUCCAAGAUGUAUUAGAUGGUGGGUGUGAUGAUGUUGUAAGCACAGAGUUUAAUCUAAGCGGGACUUGCAAUAAGAUGAGAAGUAAGCUUGAGAAUAGCAAUAGGAAAAGAUUCACAAGAAAGGGGAAGGAGAACCAGAAUAUAUCUGUUGGAGCAAAUGGUGUCAAGAGUACCACCGAAUCAGCCUGCAAAAGGCCCGGUAGGUCAAAGCUAUCUGGAAAGGAUUGUAUGAAGCGAGGCCCCAUUAACAAUAUUGUAUCCAACGUUUCUUCCUUUAUUCCAUUAGUGGAGCAAAAACAAGCAGCAGCGGUCGUUACAGGCAAGAGAGACAUCAAAGUGAAGGCCCUGGAGGUGGCUGAGGCUGCUAAGCGUAUGGCAGACAAAAAAGAGAACGAGCGCAAGAUGAAGAAGGAAGUUUUGCGACUUCAGCGGGAAAAGUUAGAGCUGGAGCUGCAGAAGAAAAAGAAAGAGGAAGAACGAAAGAAAAAGGAGGAACAAAUGGCAACAAAGAAGCGACAAAGGGAAGAUGAAGAAAAAAAGGAGAAAGAAAAGAAAAGGAAGCGUGUUAAUGACAUGAAGAAGCAGAUGCAAGAGCAUGAGAAGAUACGAGUAAAGAAGGAAGAGAUAGAAAUACAACGCCGAACUACGGGUGAAGAAGUCCAAGUAAACAAGAAAUUAAUGGAUGCAAGAGAAAAUCAGAAGAAUUUGCCAGCGCAAGAAAAAAGAGAAUGCAAUAUGGUGAAAAUUUCUGAAAAUGAACCUUUGGCCAUGAGGGAUUCGGCAAAUUAUAAAGCAAAAGAAUCGCGUCAAGAAAAUCCGGAGUCUACAAAUGAUUUUGCGAGUAAUGGAAAGGUGAUGGUCAAUUUAUUUAAAGCCAAUGAAGAUGGUGACUUGAUAAUCAAAAACACACUUCAAGAGCAAUCGUACGAGAUCUCUCCUUAUAAAGGUUCAGACGAUGAAGACGACGAUGAGGAUGACAUGCCAAAUAAUAAAUUCAUCCCUUCAUGGGCAAGCAAGCAUAGCCUGUCUCUGAUUGUUACUUCUCAGAAAAUGGACCCAGAAACGAUAUUUCCUCACCGAAGUUUUUGUAAUAUAGCAGAAGUUCUCCUGCCUCGGAAGCUUCAGUCACAGUAG